AGGGUACGUUUGUGUAUUUGUCAGUAAUGAUAGAACCGAUAUUAUACUCGGACGUCCUAAAAGUUAAAUUAUAAUAUUAGUUAAUCCAUUUAAAAUAAAAAAUUUUUAGUGUUCAUGAAACAUCUAAUUGAAUUAAAAAUAUAGUUCCAUCAAUAUCCAAAAAUUUGAACCAAAGAAAAAAUGAAUCGAGGUUUACAUUUAAUGACUGCAAGGACGUUAAAACGUGAUGCAGGAGCAAUUAUUAAAUUACGAGAGUACAUAAUUGCCAACGACAUUAAAGAAGAAAAUUUAGAAGACCCAGCAGUUUUAACAGCUAUGCUACGUGCGUCAGUGAGAAAAUAUGCGAAUGAAAAUACUCCCGUUACACCUGAAUUAUUAAAUAAAUUCAAAGAAGCGAUUUAUGGAACUUGUUCUAUUGAUAAUUUCAAGACAGUUGAGCUGUAUUUUGUAUGUAACAUCAUAGCGAUCGUCGCCUGUGUUGAAUAUGUCCUGUACCCCAGGGCAGAUAAAGAAGAAUAUGAAAAGUUAUAUCGUGGCGAUAAACAGAAAGCGAUCGAGGCUUAUAAUAAACUGUGUAGGUUUCCAGCUGACAAAAUUCCAGAUGAAGACAAACUCAAUGAAAUUCUAUUUGUUUUUAAACGGCCAGAGUUUUUUAAAGUAAAUAGUCCCUUAGAAGCAAUAAGAUCAUAUCUAAAAAGUAAUCAUUAUUUCGAUCGGGAAAUGAUAAGAGGUAAAAUAAUUCAUUUAAGCGAUGGUUACAACUUUUAGCAUGUCAAAAUUUGUCUACAAAAAUCUCAUCGAUUCCUUCAAAGAUCUUUUACCUAAUUUGCCCAAGAACGACCAUCAGCUACAUCCAACUGUCACUGUCACCUAUUAUAUAAAUACCCAUAAACGAUUAAUUCACUCAAAUUGAAUCCGCUGUCCAGAUAGUAUGAAUGUAAAUGUCCAAUUCGAUCCAAUUCAAAAACGAAGUGUUUGCUGAUGUAUGUUAUUUAUUAUUCUUUUUAUUUUAUUCAAAAAAUUUUAUUUUCAAUUUAAAACAAUGCACUUUUAUUGCAACGUUAAGUUGCUGAAAUCGUAAUAAAAUAUUCAACCAAUUUUUCAA